CCUCCUCUGGACUGAGUCAAACUUCUGGUUCCAUGAUAGCCGAGGUCUGGGAGUUCGGCCCCUACCUGCGUGAGGAGGGGCUGUGCCCGGGGCCGGUGGAAGGGACCAACGGGCUGGCUACGACAAAAUCAAGGAGCAAGGCAGGGCCAGCCCUGCCCAGGUCUCCUCCCCGGGGCCUGGUCUCCUCACAGGACGCCCCCUCCCCGCUCUUCCUGCCGGGUUUCCUCUGGCCUUUUCCUGUCCCCCACCCAGUGAAGGGAGCCGGGCAGAGGCAGACUACAAGAGCGGAGGGAGUGGGACGAACUCGGGCCAACGGAGCCAGGGCCUCCGGGUGCUGCUGGACCCGAAGCAGGGGCCAUGCUAUCUGGUGAACGGAAGGAGGGCGGUAGCCCCCGCUUCGGGAAGCUGCAUCUCCCGGUGGGCCUGUGGAUCAAUUCCCCCAGGAAGCAGCUCGCCAAGCUGGGGCGACGCUGGCCCAGCGCUGCCUCUGUCAAAGUGUGGGAAGCGGCCUCACCUCUCCGUAGCGGUUCCGUCGCCCCGGGAUCUCAGCCGCGUCUCUCCACCUGCCUCUCCAGUCUCAGCUUGUUUCCAUCUCUCUCCGCAGGCACGGGCGCCCCCUCCUGGCGGCCUCAGAAAAGCCGCUCCCGGGCUGCAUCUGGAGGGGCGGCACUGGCUAGUCCCGGUCCAGGGUCGGGAACAGGAGCCCCGGCUGGGUCCGGGGGCAAGGAGCGCUCAGAAAAUUUGUCCCUACGGCGCAGCGUUUCGGAGCUUAACCUGCAGGGUCGGCGUCGGCGGCAGCAGGAACGCAGACAGCAGGCGCUUAGCAUGGCCCCCGGGGCAGCCGAUGCCCAAAUUGGACCUGGAGACCCCGGAGAUUUCGAUCAGUUAUCUCAGUGCCUCAUCCAGGCUCCCAGCAACCAUCCCUACUUCCUGCUGCUCCAGGGCUACCAGGACGCUCAGGACUUCGUGGUGUACGUGAUGACGAGGGAGCAGCACGUGUUCGGCCGGGGCAGGACCCCGUCGUCCUGCAGCGGGUCCCCUGCCCCAUACGUGGACACCUUCCUCAACGCCCCUGACAUCCUGCCGUGUCACUGCACAGUGCGCGCGGGCCCUGAGCCCCCAGCCAUGGUGCGCCCAUCCCGGGGCGCCCCAGUUACGCACAACGGGUGCCUCCUGCUGCGGGAGGCCGAGCUGCACCCCGUCAUCAAGGAGGUCGUCUGGGAAAAGAUUAAGGAAAUUGGAGAUCGUCAGCCAGAGAACCACACAGAAGGGGUCCCUGAGGUGCCUCUGACUCCCGAGGCUGUGUCUGUGGAGCUGCGGCCACUCAUGCUGUGGAUGGCCAACACCACAGAGCUGUUGAGCUUUGUGCAGGAGAAGGUGCUGGAAAUGGAGAAGGAAGCUGACCAGGAUGGUUUAUCCUCAGACCCGCAGCUCUGCAAUGACCUGGAAUUAUGUGAUGAGGCCAUGGCCCUCCUGGAUGAAGUCAUCAUGUGUACCUUCCAGCAGUCUGUCUACUACCUCACCAAGACUCUUUACUCAACAUUGCCUGCUCUCCUGGACAGCAACCCCUUCACAGCUGGGGCAGAGCUGCCAGGGCCUGGCACAGAGCUGGGGGCCAUGCCCCCGGGCUUGAAGCCUACCCUGGGUGUGUUCCAGGCAGCCCUGGAGUUGACCAGCCAGUGCGAGCUGCAUCCAGACCUCGUUUCUCAGACUUUUGGCUACUUGUUCUUCUUCUCCAAUGCAUCCCUUCUCAACUCACUGAUGGAACGAGGUCAAAGCCGACCUUUCUACCAGUGGUCCCGAGCUGUCCAGAUCCGCACCAACCUGGACCUUGUCUUCGACUGGCUGCAGGGGGCUGGGCUGGCUGACAUCGCUACUGAGUUCUUCCGGAAACUCUCCAUUGCUGUGAACCUGCUCUGCGUGCCCCGCACCUCUCUGCUCAAGGCCUCCUGGAGCAGCCUACGAACGGACUACCCCACCCUGACCCCAGCUCAGCUCCACCACAUGCUCAGCCACUACCAGUUGGGUCCUGGGCUCAGGCUGCCACCUGCCUGGGACCCUCCCCCUGCAGAGCGAGAUGUGGUGGCCACAGGGGACAUCUUCGAAAGCUUCUCUUCGCACCCUCCCCUCAUCCUGCCCCUGGGGAGCCCACGCCUGCGCCUCACAGGGCCGGUGACGGACGAUGCACUGCACUGUGAACUGUGCAGGCUCCGCCGCCUCCUCUGGGAUCUUGAGCAGCAGGAGCUUCCGGCCAAUCACCGCCACGGACCUCCUGUAGCCACGCCUCCUUGAAAACCACUCGCAAGCGAACGCGCGAAUCUCGAAGAAUUCCUCGGCUCCAACUCCCUGGAGAGUUGAGCUUUCUGGGAGUUGUAGUUCUUGCCCCGCGCAGAACCUGGGAGGUUUUCGGGUAGUAAAGGAUGGGACUGUGGGAAGAUGGGCUUGGGAUGUGAGUUCCAAGGGGCAAUAAAAGUAUCU